AUGAUUGCCAAAAAAUCAGAAAAUACUCUUCUCAUAAUUUUAAGGUAUUUUCGUGAGGGGAAAUGCUUAGAGGCAAUGAGUUGUUUGAAACGUAUAUUUGCUGGAAAAGAAUAAAGUCUAUUAGGAUUGGAUUUAGAAUAAACUUUGAAACAAUUGAGAUUAGAAAAUGAUUCAGAAGCAUGCAAGAAAUUAAAUGAAAAUGCUCGUUUAAGUCAUCCAGGAUGGGUUGACCUCCUAUGCAGUUUACUCUUAUAUUAUGUAGAGAGAGAAAGAGGAAGUGCUCAUGUUAUAGAUCAUUUUGAAAAUCUUUUUAAAAAUACGAAGUGGCUUCUAGAUGAGUAACGUUAAUAAAUAUUUCAAUUUUUGUGUAAGCAAGUUGUUAGUGAACAAUAUAAGAUCGUAUAGAUCAUGAAAAGAAAAGCAAAGGAUUCUGAAGCUGUAAAAAGAGCCUCUCAUGCUUAAGAGACUUUGGAGAGCAAAAGCUUACAAAUAUUCUAAGAAAUUGGAAGGGAGGUCAAUACAAAGAACAUGUAAAAACUUAAAUUGCUGAAUGCUAAUUAAUAAAUGAAGAUUUAUUUUAAAGGCUUUAAAUUUGAUAGAGCUGCUGAUUGUGAUAAAGUUGAAAAAGAAUAAAAUCUUCUUUUCACCUCUCCUAAACAGGAUUAAGUUACUUAUCAUUAUUAUAAGGGUAGAAUCCUUAUCUUUCAUUCUAAAUUUGUAGAUGCAUCAUAACAUUUAACUCAAGUUUUAUAGGAAUGUCCAAGAACAUAGAAAGGAAUAUCAUGUGCUAAACAAGUAUUAAAAUACUUAAUUCCCAUCAAUAUGUUUAUGGGAAGAUAUCCAAAAAAAGAAUUGAUUGAAUAAUUUAAAGAAUAUGAUUAAUUAUGCACAUGUGUAAGAUAAGGAAAUAUUGCAGGAUUAUAAGAAGCCAUUGAUAAAUACAGAUAAAUUUGGAUUAAGAGAAGUCUAUUAAUUUUGAUGGAUCAAUUGAAAGUGCUCUGCUAUAGGAAUUUAUGCAGAAAAGUUUGGUUGAUCAAUUAAAAGAGCAAUAAAAUAUUGUUGAAUCAAUUUUAAAAAGCAUUUCAAAUAUCACAUCCUAUGAAUAGCAACCCUACUUUAUCUGAAGUAUGUUGCAUAAUAGCCAACUUAAUAUAUUUAUAAUUAAUAUAAGGCCAAAUAUAUUUGAAUAAUGUAAAAGAUGUUUAUGCUAUCACUCUCAGUCCAGACCCUUUUAAAAAUAGACCACAUGAAAUUAAUUGGUAAAAUUGA